AGGAUUCGUCUUCUCUUUGCCUCCCUCAAUACCUGACAGGCCAAUUUUUGCAGCGCUCGUAUUAAACUGAACCAGGUACUCAAGGUAUGGGAAGCUCCAGCGACUCCAGUGAUCAGAUCGACGAUCAGCUCUAUACACCAUCCACUGGCGGUGGUGUCUUUUCGGCGAGACGUCCAACGCACGACGACAGAUCGUUGCGUCGCCGGUCUACUGCCAAGGACGCUGAUGUUGAGACUGCUUCUGUGAACGAGAAGGAUGAUGGUGUCGAUGAGAGGGAUUUCCACAAAAAGCAGGUUUUUACCGGAUGGCAGCUAGCAUGGCUCUCCUACCAAUCCCUCGGAGUCAUAUACGGUGACAUUGGCACAAGUCCUUUGUAUGUCUUUUCGUCCACCUUCAGCGAUAACCCAAGUCAGGAGGAUGUACUCGGCGCAAUCUCCCUCAUUAUCUGGGCCUUGACUAUCAUGGUUACUAUCAAGUACGCGUUGAUUGUCCUGAACGCCGACGAUGAAGGCGAGGGCGGUACUUUUGCGUUGUAUUCGCUUAUAUCUCGAUAUGCGAAUCUGAUUCAACGUGAUCCUCGCCAACGCAAGCUAGUUCGGAUAGAGAGAUACCGGGAUGAGGAUAUGCCCAAGCCUAAUCGCUUAAUUCGUUCUUGGUUGGAGAAGAGUGUCGUGGUAGGGGUCCUUUUCAAAGUUGUUGGCGUCUUUGGCGUGGCUCUUCUACUAGCUGAUGGCGUUCUCACCCCGGCUCAAUCGCUUCUCGGAGCUAUCCAAGGAAUCACCGUCGUGAAUUCAAGCCUCUCCAGUUCUACUGUGGUCGGUGUAUCAUGCGGCAUUAUCGUUCUCGUUUUCCUCAUUCAGCCAUUUGGUACUGGCAAGAUUGCCAACACGUUCGCUCCAAUCGUUAUCAUCUGGAUGUUCUUCAAUUUAUCCUUCGGUAUCUAUAACCUCGUCCACUACGAUGCUUCUGUCUUCAAGGCCUUUUCGCCGUACUUUGCAGGUAGCUUCCUUGUUCGAAACCGACACGGCGGAUGGCUUCAACUAGGUGGAAUCUUGCUUGCGUUUACCGGAGUUGAGACACUGUUCGCUGAUCUCGGUGCUUUUUCCAAAAGGGCUGUGCAGAUAUCUUGGUUGUUCUUUGUGUACCCUUGUCUUUUGAUUUCGUAUAUCGGACAAGCCGCCCAUAUGAUGGUUGAUCCGACUGUUUAUGCCAACCCGUUUUAUCUGACUGUGCCUCCGGGAAUGCUCUAUCCCAGCCUUAUUGUUGCCAUUCUCGCCUGCAUCGUCGCCAGCCAGGCUGUCAUUACCGGUUCAUUCCAACUUCUUUCCCAAAUAAUGAAACUUUCCUACUUUCCUCAAGUUGAAGUCGUUCACACUUCGAAAAAGUUCCACGGGCAGGUUUAUAUACCACUUGCUAAUUGGAUCAUGAUGAUCGGAACUGUAAUUGUGACAGCCGUUUAUACUAAUACUACCGCUCUUGGAGAAGCUUACGGAUCAUGUGUCAUCCUAGUUUCAUUCCUCACCACUUGCAUGGUCGCUAUCGUCGCUAUCAUUGUCUGGAGAUUGCCCCUAUACAUCGUCUUCCCAGUCUUCAUCGUCUUUGCUCUCUGGGAUGGCAUGUUCUUGUCCUCUGCACUCAGCAAAGUCCCCCACGGAGCCUGGGUUACUCUCAUGAUCGCAGCCGUUCUGACAUUGCUUUUUGUCCUAUGGCGAUACGGCAAAGAGCAGCAAUGGGGAGCUGAAAACUCUGAUAACGUUCCAUUGUCUCAGACGACUGUGUUGAAGAAAGGCCAACUUGCUCUACAGCCGAAAUUUGGCAGUUCUACAAUCGUCCCUAUCAAUGGCCUGGGCAUCUUCUUUGACAAGGCUGGUCUUUCGAGCACAACCCCUCCAGUUUUUCUUCAUUUCUUGCAAAAAUUCGGCGCGGCUCCAGAUGUCUCUGUAUUCUUCCAUCUGAGAGCGCUCAACGUGCCUACCGUACCACCAAAUGAGCGAUACACAAUCAGUCGCUGUUUUACCUAUAGCGCCGAAGACGGCAGCAAACAUGCAAUUCCGAACACCUUCCGGCUGAUAGUUCGACAUGGCUAUACCGACGAAGUCAUAACCCCUGAUUUGGGCAUUCUCGUUCUGGAUCUGAUUCGGGAGUUCUUGAACAAUGAGUCUCCUAAAUCGUCUUCUCCUUCGUCAAGUGACAAUACUAUGGCCAUAGAAUCGGCCGCCUUGCAACGCGCAUUCACCUCCCAGGUGAUUUACAUUGUUGGCAAGGAACAUCUCAGAAUUGCGCCGGGAACGAAUAUUGUCAAGAAACUGUUGUUGAUGCUAUUCCUUUAUGCCCGCGAGGUGACUAGCAACAAAGUGCAACACUUGAAUGUACAGGCUGAUCGGGUUGUGGAAGUUGGAUUUGUGAAAGAUAUCUAGCAGAACUUUUUUCAUUUUUUUCUGGAUAGAAUGAAGUUUCUAGACUGAAAAA